UCAUACCAGCUACUGUGAAUUGUUGCAUUUUGUUGUUUCCUCCUUUAUAUUUAAGUAAAUACUUACUGACCAGUUGUUUUGAAAAGCCAGAAAAUGAGUGAGAUGCCAAAGAAGAUUAUCACGUGAAAUAAAUGUCAAACUCAGCGUCCAAGGAUUUUGGGGGGGGAAUAUGAGCUCUGAUGAAGAUGCGGCGGCUACAUCCGGACGCACUCAUUUCAUAGGGAAGAAAGAGAAUAUAAUUCAAGCCAGACGAGUGGUGAAGUCAGUUGGAGAAAGAGAUGUUCUGGUUAUUUACAACCAGGGGGACUUCUACGCUAUUGAUGUGCGCUGCUAUCACUCUGGAGGUCCACUUCAAGAGGGAGAUAUUGAGGACUUUGAUGGACGGCCAUGCAUAGUGUGCCCGUGGCAUAAGUAUAAAAUUACAUUAGCUGAAGGUGAGGGUCUCUAUCAAGCAGUGGACCCUUCUGUGAGGCCCCUGAAGCCGACCUGGUGCUCCAAAGGCGUUAAACAAAGAGUCCACACAGUGACGGUGUCUAAUGAAGAUGUCUUCCUCACCUUAAAUGACUCUCCAGGACCAAUUGACUCAGACUACUAUCAGACUGAGAAAUAUAGAAACGUCCUGAAAGAACGGCUGAAGAAAACUAAGUGACCUCACGGGAAGAUAUACAAGUGUCUCGGGCAUCAGCUGAUCAGCAAAUGUGUUCUGCUAAAUUUGUUUUUGUCUGUCUCUACUGGUCCAGCUGGCUGGUUACCAGUCACCAGUCACUGUCACCGAGGCUUGCAUUAUUAACAUGACUUUUACAGGGAUACUGGCUGCUUAUUAUGAUUUGAAAAGCACCUAUCAAUGUCUUAUUCUGAAGACCUUACUCUAAAAACCUAAUCCUUUAAUUGUCAACUAGUACAUUACUUAAGCAGUAAUUAGGACUAUAUUGAGGCAAAAGUAGUUAUAAUAAAAAUUAAAAAUUAAAUAAAUCACAUUUAAUGAAUAUGAUUCAUUAACCUAUGGAGGUUGAUAUGAUUUAGAAAGUAAUAAGUAAUUUUAUGCUUUUUUGGAAAGAGUAAUUUGUACAGUAAUGUAAUUACACUGCUGAAGAUGUCAUUAGUAACUACUAAUUAAUAGUAACUUACCCAGCAAUGCUUGUGAAUGUCCAGUUAACUGCCAAGCGAUUGAGUGAAAAGUGAUUAAACGACAAAAUUUCAUUUGGGGCUGGUGUAAACCUUUUAAGACUUUUUCUAAUAAAUUUUCUAAAAAUUCA